AUGCCCGCGCGAUCGUGGGCGGGCGCUGUAGCGCUGCGCUUGUCGCGAGGUGGCGGAGCCGCGGGGCCGGCCUUCCGCGCGCCAGCGGCCCUCCUGCGCGCGAGACUGCUCUCGACUCUCUCCGCGUCAUCCGCGCCAUCCGCGCCAUCCGCGCCAUGCGCACCUGCCGCGACAACCACCGCAUCAACACCAUCGGUACCACCAUCGGUACCUCCAUCCUCCUCCUCCCCACCAUCGCCAGCGCAAGAGCUGCCUUCGCUCCCGUCCCGUGUGGCGUCGCUCGUCCAAUGGCUGCAGGAGAAUGGCGGGCAUGCAGGCGCCAUCGCAGUGACCCCUGACUCCCACGGCGGCCUCUGUCUCACCACCAGCCGCAGCGUGGGCAAAGGCGAGCUGCUCCUCUCCGUGCCUCCCCGCCUGCAGCUCGGCCGAGCCUGGCCCGCAGGCUCGGAAGUGGCAGGAGGCAAGGGGAGAGAAGCGAGAGAAGGAGCGGAAGGAGCAGGAGGGGCGGGAGGAGGAGAGGCGGAGGAGGAGGCGAGGGCCUUUGUGGCAAUUAGCAAGAUGGGACAGCUGGUGCCAUCGUCCCUCUGGUCGCUCCGCCUGGGCCUGCACUUGCUGCACCAGCAGAGGCGACAUGCAACCCCCGACACUCUCACAACUCCCGUAGCAUCUUCAUCCUCCUCCCUAUCUCCCCCCUCCUCCCCAUCCUCUCCCUCCUCCCCCUCCUCCGCUACCCCCGCCACUCCUCCUCCUCCCCCCUCCCCGCCUCUCCCUGCCCCCCACUGGGACCCCUACAUCGCUCUCCUCCCGCGCUCCCUCUCUCUCCCCAUCUUCUUCUCGCCUGCUGCUGUCGCUGCUCUCGGCUACCCGCCACUGCAGGCCGAGUUGGCCAAGCGCAGCACGUUCCUGCGUCGCUUCGCCUCUGAGUUCCUGCCACACGUGGUGGACUCGCUGCAGGCAUCCCAGCGCUGCCGCCUCUUCGGAAAUGAGCCAGCCUCCCCUUCGGACCUUGCAUGGGCCAUGGGCUGUGCCUCCUCCCGUGCCUUCCGAGUGCCUACAAUCUUGGGGGAGAGAAAGGGAGAUCAGGGCGAUAGUGGGGUGUUGGAUGGAAGAGGAGGAGGGAGUGUGGGGAAGGAGGAGAAGGAAGGGGGAGGUGGGGGUGGAGAGGGGGUGAAGAGGAGGAGAGGGGAGGAAGGCGAGAGGGUUUUUUUGCCGGUGAUUGAUUUGGCGAAUCAUGAUGCCAAUCCAACGGCUAAGAUCUCUCUCUUGCCAGAUGGCACUGCAGAGGUAAGAACCCCACCUGCUCUCCAACCCAACCCCACGCACGCGGUUCUGCCGACUCCCUCUCUCUCUCCUCACCCUCCUCUCCUUUCUCCCUGUUCUUCCCCUUUUCCUCUCUCGCCCUCCCCCCUCCUGUAUCCCCCACACCAGCUCCGCGCUCUCCUCCCACUACCCCCCAGGCACGCCAUAAGCAUAGACUACGGCCAUCUCUCCACGGACCUCUUUCUCCUGGAUUAUGGCUUUGUGCCUGAAAACAACGCCUACGACACCCUCCCCAUGGCCUACGGCCUUCCCCUCAUUGAAGCUGCCCGCGCUGCUGCUGGGCUGGAUGGGUUGGACGGGCGCGAUGGGGGGGAGGAGCAGGGGGGAAAGGGAGGACGAGGGGCGAGGGAGACGGGAACGGGAACUGGAGAGGGGAAGGCAGAUGCGGAGAAGGAGACGGGGAGAGAGGAGAGGGGAGAGGAGAAGAGGGUCAGGAGGCUAGAAGGGCCUUUGGAUCCGGAGGCAGGGGGAGGGGCGCGGGUGCGCAUGGAAGUGAUUGCAAAGCUGGGGUUAUCCGGGCCUCACGCAGACAGAAAGAUGACCCUGGGCGGGCCUGGUCACAUAGACCCUCGCCUGCUGGCCGCUCUGAGAGUGCUGUAUGCUCCAGCUUCGGUGGAUGUGAGGCAGGUACCGCUGCAGGAGCUGCAGGGGUUGGAUGCGGUGGAGAGGCUUGGGCGGGAGUGUGAGCAGAAGACAGUGAGGACGCUGCUGGGUCUGUGCUUUAUCUUUCUGCAGAGCUUCUCCCGCGUGCCUCCUCCUGAGGCUGCUGCUGCUGCUGCUGCUGCUGCUGCUGCUGCUGCUGCUGCAGACAAGCCUACAAAAGGUACAGCCGCUGCCACUGCUGAUGGUGCUGGCGCUAAUACAACCGCUGGCAGCGCUGCUGCUGAUUCCAGUGCAGCAGCAGCGGUGCGGCUGGCAGCCGAGGCGGCAGGAAUGGAGAGUGGCGCAGCAGAGAGGGCUAUAGGCGGGAUGACGGCGCAGGAAGCACGGCUGGUGGAGGCGUUUCGAGCGGAGAAGAGAGGGCUCGUGCUGCGAGUGAUGUCGUUCCUGCAGGGGCGACUGGAUAAGUGA